AGUCGCCGACUACGUUCAUUGUAUAAGAGCGCUGUGUGAGUGUGGCAGCAUCGAGAUCGAAUAGUCAUCGCCAACAUAGCUAACGCGCGAGCGACAGACGGACAAAGUUAAGGAGAGGAGGCGAUUGCAACUGCAUACGCGGACGACGAAUAGCGGCGACCUAUCGUCGUCGUCGACAACGACGACGUCGUUGUUGUCGCUCUGUCCAUCCAAGCUAGAUGAACUAUUUCGAUGGCUAUCGUCAGCGACACAACCCCGCCACGAUAACAAAAAAAGCAGCACAUCAGUGAGAAGUGCGAGGUACACAUGAUGCAGCGCCGGGACCGGAUUGAGCGUCCGCGGUACUAGCGUUGCACUGUGGCAUGCGAUUCAAUGUUCGAUUGAGUGCUAAAAUCAAUCAACAGCGGCAUAAGAGGCUAGCUGAAUACGCCGGCGACGGAGUUGCGGCUCCGGAAGCAGCCCAAACAGGAAUAAAGCCGGCCGACGGAUCAAUGACAAACAUUCGACAACGCCAACGGAGACGAUAACACUGACGUGUGCUGCUGCUGAUUACUGAUCGUAGAACCCAACCCAAAUCGACCCAACCUCUCCAUCUUUUGUGGUCAGAGUUAUUGCGGCUGCUGCUUGCUCUACGGUAACAGUGAAGAAUCAAGGUGAAGGAGCCACCGACAUGAGCGCGACUGUCGAGGGCACAGCAGUCGCCCCUGGCCCAGAGGGGCCGAGCAUUGUCCGAGAGGGAUGGCUGCAUAAACGAGGUGAGCAUAUCAAGAACUGGCGAAAACGAUACUUCAUUCUGCGGGAUGACGGUUCACUGAUAGGAUUCAAGGCUCAGCCAGAGCCCGGUCAGUAUUCAGAUCCGCUGAAUAACUUCACCGUCAAAGACUGUCAGGUAAUGCGUCAAGAGCGUCCUCGUGCAUUCACUUUCAUCAUUCGCGGUUUACAGUGGGCUCAGGUCAUCGAGCGAAUGUUCUCUGUCGACAGUCACGAAGAACGAGAAAAAUGGGUGGCAGCGAUUGAGUAUGUCGAUCACAAUCUGCGUCAGGACGUUGAAAUGGCUGAGGAGGCAUCAACACUGGAGCAGCAAAGUCUCCGUGAUAAGUUCAAUGUGUCGACUCGCAGAGACGCCUCGUCGAAAAUUACACUUGAGAACUUCGAGUUUAUAAAAGUGUUGGGUAAGGGAACUUUCGGCAAGGUUAUUCUGUGUCGAGAAAAAGCGAGCGCUCACCUCUACGCCAUAAAGAUACUCAAAAAGCAGGUGGUAAUCGCCAAGGACGAAGUGGCUCAUACGCUCACGGAAAACCGGGUCCUGCAGACGACGUCCCAUCCAUUCCUCAUUUCGCUUAAGUAUUCUUUUCAGACAGCGGAUCGAUUGUGCUUCGUAAUGGAGUACGUUAACGGAGGAGAGCUAUUCUUUCAUCUAUCACGGGAGCGCGUCUUUGGCGAAGAAAAGACGCGUUUUUAUGGCGCCGAAAUCUUACUAGCUUUGGAAUAUCUUCACGAGCAGGGAAUCAUUUAUCGAGAUUUGAAACUGGAGAAUCUUUUACUUGACCGGGACGGACACAUCAAGAUCGCUGAUUUUGGCUUGUGUAAAGAGGAUGUUCCCUUCGGACGAACGACUCACACAUUUUGUGGGACGCCUGAGUACCUCGCACCAGAGGUGUUGGACGACACGGACUACGGUCGAGCCGUCGAUUGGUGGGGCCUUGGUGUUGUAAUGUAUGAAAUGGUGUGUGGCCGAUUGCCGUUCUACAAUCGGGACCACGAUGUCUUGUUUGAGUUAAUCUUAGCAGAGGACGUACGGUUCCCGCCUACGCUAGGUCCAGAUGCUCGGAAUCUUCUGACUGGUCUUUUAACGAAGGAACCUUCUCAACGAUUGGGUGGGUCGGAACGAGAUGCUCAAGAAAUUAAGGAGCACGCGUUUUUCUGUCGAGUACCAUGGGAGCUGCUACUCGCAAAACAGUUGACGCCUCCAUUCAAACCGCAGGUGACAUCUGAUACCGACACCCGCUACUUUGAUCAGGAAUUUACAGGGGAGAGCGUUGAACUUACGCCGCCAGAUUACCAUGGAACAGACGCCGCCAAUGCUGGCCUUAACUCGAUCUCGGAAGAGGUAGAGCAGCCGUACUUCCAGCAGUUCUCGUAUCAUGGCACGACCAGCCUUGUCGGAUCCGCUGGUUCAGCGGCCCGCGCCGCAGCCGAUACUCCCCUUCCACUGCUGGAGCCGACAAGCUAAUUGUCUGUCGCCCAACUUCCUAGCCACAAUUAAUCAGUUGUUUCCACUCGUAAGCGUCACUGUGUGAUGAUGAAUUCGGGCAUAGUCACACAAUUCAGCCAUUUACGUGUAUACAGGUGUCUUAUGGCGGACGCUUCAUAGUAAAAAAGAGCACGGGUCGGACGCAGAAACGCUGUGCGUCUGGCCCAGUCGAUACAAGCAUGUAAAUCGCUUUACGGCGAAUGUUCGACAAGCGCCUUGACCGCACGGACACUUGUUUUUCUAAGCUCAGCCAUACCUCAGUAAAAAGCGGCACAAAAAGGUAAGCUGCGUGUGUAACCCCAGUUCGGUUAGCGGGUAAGCGAACUUGUGCAACGACGGGAUUGUGGAGGAAGCCCUUUCAAAGGGGAACGCGCGCAAAGUUUCAGCAAGUUAAACAAACUUCCGACGGCUCUCGAAACAAGGAGCAGACACAUCGCAAAAAUUGUACAUACACACAAGGGAGGAAGAACGAUUACUGUGGGUAAUAAAUGAAACUUUUAUAGGGAAGUACGCCAACAACGUGUAUUCAAAGGGUAAGGGAAACAAGGUUGGACUAGAAUGCAACAAACGUAAUGUGGGCAUUGGGUAUCUUGCCAUGCUAAUGCACGUAGUUCAAAGCCUUAAAACAGUUAUAUACAGAGCGGUAAACGUGCAGUGGAUAGAAAAAAUUUGUAUCUUGUCAUUCGCUUUUCUUUAUUAUUGCGUGGGAUGAAAUCUCAAUGGAACGGUGCACUACGAACAAGAUACUUAGCGAUUUGAUUUGGGUAGAAUAAUGCAAGAGGCAUAUAUACAAUGUGCGCAAGAGACUCAUAUAUAUACUUACGUAACUGCUGUUGACACAGAUUAUGCUAGCAGAAACGAAGCAAUGUGUGUGAUUCAGUUUCGAGGAGACGAUCUACCAUUGCCAAGGUACGUGGAAAUAUAUCAGCGACAUGGUGUCAACAAACUGUAGGCACUGCUUACUCAUUACGAUGGUACCCUGAGAAGUGUUUGACAGUAGAUAAUACUACUGAUGAUAAUGCUUAACUGCUACAAAUAUAUAUAUAUAUAUAUAUAUAUAUAUAUAUAUAUCGCAAGAGGACACUCCCCUAUGAUAUACAAAUAUAUGUGUAAGUGUAAACAUCAAUAUGUUUGCAGCCCACAGAGCUGAGUAAAUAUAACUGACAAUAAAUGAGUAUGCUGAUGAUAAUGGUUAUGAUGAGUGCUGAUGACCUGAGUUACUAUUCUCGUAACAACGAAUAAAUGGUGGUGAAUAUAAUGAUAUACAAUAAAGGCCGAACGACAGACAUGAAGCUGAGGCCAAUAAAAAUGAGGAUGGUAUCUUUGAAGCUCAACGAAGGCGAUGACAAAAAUUCUGAGUAUGACCCGUGUACCGAGUGUAAAAAUGUAGCGAUUAUUUAAUAAGGAACGGUAUUACCUACGCAUAAUUGGACAGAAAAAUAAACAGACAUACGGUGUCAGGCCAGCUCUGGUGCAUGGCGAGUAGUUAUAUUCGCAGUGCAAAAUGUACAAGGUGUGGGGCCGAUUUCAAUGUAUAGGGAAACAAUCGCUUAAGAGAAACAUUUUGAAAGAACGGACAGUACCAUCAACUGACCAUCUCUCUUGAUCUUGGACGAAGGACAUCUAAAAUGACUUGCUGAAAGGGAUCUGAUGGAAAGACAUUAUUUUCGGCAUGAUUGACAACAGCAGAAUCGGAAAACAUUGACAUGGCCCAAAUCAAAUAGAUUUAGGCAAUCGUCCUAUUAAUGUGUUUUCCAGCUUCCGCAUAUGGACAAUGACUGGGUCGCGCAACUCACUCCGUUGGUAUCCAAUUUAGCGGACGUCUGCGGCCCUGGCUUAUCCUCAAGAGGGCGUUGGCGAUACUCUACCUGCUUUGCUGCCAAAUGAGGCAUGGAGGAUCAAAGAAUAAACAAAACACUACAAAAUAAGUGGAAAAAUGACUUUGUGCGACAGACUAGAUUUGGGCUGGAUCGUCGAGAUGCGAGAGGUUAAUUUGGAAAAAGCCUGAAAAAGAAGGUGAUGCCCAUAUGAAUGUAUGUUUAUCUAUAGCAUAAACGAAAGCUUGGACUGCGACAGCUAUUGACUUCAGUUGUAGAUAUACAGUAGCAGCAAUAAAUGAAGAAAGCAAAAACUGAGUCUGGCGAACGAAUCGACUAUAUUGUCUGUGACUUAUCAGCUUGAGCAUGAAUGGUAACAGCUUGAACCAGUGUGGUAACGGUAAUUAGUAAUAACGAGUUGAAAAAACAUGAGACUGUAUAGAUGAAGGUAAAGAUAAGUUCGGAGUUUCUAUUACAUCCAGCAAAACAUACGGUGUCGAAGAAAAUGUGGUUGGGCUGGUGAUAAGAACAUCGAAUGCUCGCACGUAAGUGUGGUACCGCGCGAAUCAGUCACUGAACAGGCUUAUCAGCCACGAAAAACGCUAAGCGGCCUAUUAAAACGGGUGUCCAAUAAAAAAACAUGAAAAGCAGCAACACAUAUUGAGAAAAAAGUAACGCAGUAAUGCCUCUUUUUUUUCGGCUUUUCAUCCUUGUCGCUUUGGGCUAUAUUUCUUCGUUGUAAAUGCUACAAUCUUUUACUUCCCGCGGAAUCAAUUUAGCGUUAUAAGCGACAAAAUGUCUCUAUCUGUCGUUCCUACCUAUUUAAGACUGACCGUUUGAUAGCCUUAAUUUCUUUUAUCGCCUCCUUCAAUCAGUUUGGUCGGCCUCGCAAUACCUUGUCUUUGAUUAUGUGUUUAUGGAUUAUUUUGCAUAUCAACAAAGAACCUCAACAGUUCGAAUCAGUAGGGUGGACUCCUCAGUAAACGCUGUUGCGGUGCCUCACGCAAUGGCACAAGAUUUCGUCAUUUACGGGAACAAUGUUAGAAAUAUAUCUAAUAUAAUGAUACAUGCGAAUAACUAUUUCAACAAUAAAACAACCACAUCAACAGAUACUACAAUAACGCGUGUACCACUGCUGCAAAAACAAACGAUAAUAAUAAUUAUUAUUAUAUGAAGGAUGAUUAUAUUGAUAAAAUUGAUGCUAGUAUUGUAAUCUACCUACACAAAUCGAAUAUUCAACUGGUGAGUGGAUAGGUACGCGCAACAUGACUCCGAAGCCAACCCAUCUUAUGCGGAAUAAGGCUUAAACGAGAAAUUUCGGAAAAAACGAAACUUAUUUGUUUAUAGCCUGACCACGUCAGACGGGAACGGACGGACAAUUUAUAGGAAACGUGCUCGAAUAUGGAUUUUUCGAAAUGUCGAAACGAAAUAAAGACGAAACAAUGUGACAGCAUAUGUAUACAUGUAUAUCACAUAUAAUCUCACAUUGUUUGUCUUGCGACAGUGACGGAUGGUAGUUCUUUAACUGUGAGAAAUAAGGGCAGUCACUAUGCUCAGACUAAAAAGUUUAAAUGGUUGCAAGAAAACGAAUGGCAAAAACAAAUCAUGUUUUUUUUUCUGAUCACACGCGUCGCAUAUAGUGAUGUCUAUAUAUAUAUAUAUAUAUAUGUCCAAUAGAAUUUUGGUGAACACACAUGGCCCUCAUCACUGUUGCUAUUGAAAUGGCAAAGAGAAAGAUUUCUAUCUCACAAUGAUAAUAAUUACAACAGCUGACUUGCCCAUUUGGAAAGAUAUGACACACGACGGCAUUGAUGGUACUAAAUAUCUGGAUAGUAGUAAAUAUAUCUAAUGCACAUAAUAACAGAAAUGAAGAAACACACAAGGCCAGAUGUGGGUCAGAAACAAUAGAAAGGCUUUUGAAUUUUUGGUUGAUUUGAAAAUGACCCAGCAAGCGAUAAAAUUAAUGGCAGUUAUAAUAAAUUCCGCGCAUUUUGAUAUCA